CAACUAAUAAACUAAGAAAACGUCGAUGGUAAGAUUGGUAAGUUUCAGAAGUUUUCGCAAUUUCACAAAAAUAUCACUUUAGUUUUAACUAAGUAAUUUGCUCAGAUGCGAAGGAUCAAAAGUUCUUAAGUAGAUUGGUAGGUAGAUAUGAUGGAACGAUUGAUUUUUUUAGCUACAUUUUUGUAGUAUUCGUAAUUCCUAUCAACUGCGAUUCUGCGGGCAUUAAGGUACAAAUUAUUACCUAGCGGCAGCGGCUGGUUACAGUACCAAUCUUAAUUAAAUACGACUUCAAUAAUAUUCUUCUUUUGGACGUUCUUAAGUAGGUACCUCUAUUUCAAUUUCAUUCAUUCAACAUUCAACAAUAUCAAAUAUUCCUGUUAAUCGUGUUCAGUUGAUUAUUCAAUUUAAUUGAAUAUGGUACCUAUCUAAUUAUUGGUAAUAAUUUGACUAAGUAAUACCAAUGAUCCUGAUUGUCCUGAUUCCUGAAUGUGUAUUCCUGUCCAGUCCCUGCACCAGCUAGCUCAAGCUGAGACGUUGAGUCAGCACAGUCACUUGUACACUUGUCAGUUGUCAACAGAAACACAAAGAAAAGGCCAAAGGACAAAGGACAAAGGUCGAAAAAGGUGCUAACGAGUAACGACGGUGUCAAGUUGUCAAGUCAGCAUUUUUCUGUGUUCAAGUUCUACGCCAGGCCGGCGAUGUCAUAGUAGCAGUCAUUCCCCCUCUCUAAAAGCUUAUCAUUUCUCACCGAGCAAAUAACAUGAAGCGGUGUUUUCUUCGUUGCUUUAUUUUCGUAAUUUGCUAUAGUUGGUCAACUGUGAAUUCAAUUGAAUUUCAAUUACAGAAUACAGAUAAAGUUCUCAUUUUGUUAAUCAAGCCGUUAAGAAACGAAGCAUGUCCUCCGAUGAAGUAGAGAAGGCGAAGUUAGCUUCACCUGCCGGCGGUGAUACGAUUUUUGGAAAAAUAUUGCGUAAAGAGAUUCCAUGCAACUUCAUUUAUGAAGACGAUCAGUGUGUAGCUUUCCACGAUAUAAGUCCUCAAGCUCCAACGCACGUACUUGUGAUUCCUCGUAAACCUAUCAAGUGGUUAUCAGACGUACAAGAAGGUGACGAACAACUUCUCGGCCAUCUUUUGGUAGUUGCUAACAAAGUAGCGAAAGAUUUAGGAUUGGAAAAAGGUUAUAGAAUUGUGAUAAAUAAUGGUGAACACGGAGCUCAGUCGGUUUAUCAUUUACAUGUUCAUAUUUUGGGUGGAAGACAACUGAAAUGGCCUCCUGGUUAAGUUAAUUUGUACUGUUUUAAUUAAUUAAUUUCAUGUAUACCUAUUAUUAGACAAAAAUUACAACUUUUGUCUCAGCA